AUUUUUUUUUUAGAUAAUGAUGCUUCUACAUUCAGUACUGCGAUGAGUUUAACAGAGUUGCAAUGCUACUAUUAUUUCAAAGCUAGUAAGCAACUUCAGUUUGGUAUACAUCUUGAAGGCAGUCUUUUACAACGAGAUAUCAAUGCAACUUUUGCAUAUCAAGCACAAAUUCCUAAAUCAGAUAUCAUUAUUAAAGGUAGCAUAGAUAGAAAGUGGAAUGUAAGCACAACACUGGAAAAACGUUUACACCCAAUGCCAUUUAUAUUUACAAUGAGUACUAAGCUUUCUCCUGCCAAACAUCAAUUAACAAUGGGAGUUGGACUUUUAAUCAGUUAAUUUAUACAACAUUAAA